AUGGGUGAAGGGGUGCAGAAAAAAGAAGCGUUUAUUACUUCUACCAUUUCAACAUUAACCAUUACCACUUUAACUAUUAUCUCAUCCACCAUCGAAUCUUCUACAUUCGAAACAUUUACUUCCUUACCACCACUUUCAUCACCCAUCCCAACUUCACUUCCAGUUUCAACUAUUUCACCAACAUACUCCACGAUUAUGCGUGAACCUAUUACUACCCUUUUCUCAUCUCAAUCUACUAAAGUUGAGAGAGUGGUUCAAGAGAAGGAACCAAAUGAUGAUGACAUAAUGGUGUCUUUUUAUGAUUUGCAAUUCGAACCAGAGGAGGAUAAUGUACCUGAUAACAUGAUCAUGUCAGGUAAACAAUUCGAAAUCCUCAAGAAAAAAAUCAAUUCUCUUCUUCAAUUACAAGGUGAUUCUGGGGGAAGGAGUUCCAUUUAUGGGGUAGAUAUGGAGUAA